CCGCUGUCGACCAGGAUGAUACCCAAAGCCGCGUCAAGCCUUCCUAUGUAACCAGGUGAGCUUCAGAGGCAAGGACUGGACGUCACCCGUCCUUUAAAACCCCAUCUCCAUUCUCCUUCUUCAUUCCAAGCACAAUACUCAUCGUCAUCAUCAUGAAAGGCAAAAUCGCGUUAGAAGAAGCCUUCUGCCUCCCCCGGCACGAGGAAAAGCAGAAAUGGUGGGCGGGCUUGUUCGCCGUCGAUGCUGAAAAGCACACGCGCGAGAUUAUUGACAUCCAGAAAAUCCGUCUCGAGAAGAUGGACAAGUUCGGCGUCGGCUACACGAUCCUGUCAUACACCGCUCCCGGCGUGCAGGAUGUGUACGAUGCGAAGGAGGCGAAUGCCCUUGCUGUUGAGGUGAACGAUCACGUUGCAGAGCAGAUCAAGGGAUAUCCCGAUCGAUUUGGGGCGUUGGCAACACUAUCCAUGCACGACCCCAACGUCGCCGCCGCCGAACUCCGCCGCUGCGUAACGCAAUACGGCUUCCUCGGCGCCCUGGUCAACGACACCCAACGCAACGACGCCUCGGGCGACUCGAUGAUCUUCUACGACGACCCCUCCUGGGAUGUCUUCUGGCAGACGUGCACGGAUCUGGACGUUCCCUUCUACCUGCACCCUCGCAACCCCACAGGCGUCUUCAUGGACAAACUGUGGGCCCCGCGGAAGUGGCUCGUCGGGCCACCUCUCAGCUUCGCCCAAGGCGUCAGUCUGCACAUCCUGGGCAUGGUGACGAACGGCGUCUUCGACCGCCACCCGAAGUUGAAAGUCAUUAUCGGCCAUUUGGGCGAGCACAUCCCUUUCGACCUAUGGCGGAUCAACCACUGGUUUGAAGACGUGAAGAAGCCGCUGGGGCUGGAUUGCAAGAGGACCAUUCGCGAUUACUUCCGCGACAACAUCUACAUUACGACCUCUGGCCACUUCUCGACGCCGACGCUGAAGUAUUGUAUUGAGGAGAUCACGGAGGCGCGGAUCCUGUUCUCCAUUGAUUAUCCCUUUGAGAGCUUUGAGGAUGCUUGUGGGUGGUAUGAUGGGGUGGAUUUGGAGGAGGGGACGAAGAAGCGGAUUGGAAGGGAUAAUGCUGCGGCGUUGUUCAAGUUGGGCAAUUUUAAGGACUCGAAGGCAUAGAGGGAUUGCAUAGAUCGCGAAUGU